AUGGCUGAUGUGAAUUAUGAGAUCGUCCCUGCCCAAUUCGUCAUGUCAAAAGAAGGCACUCUGCCCUUCGUCGAGUUGGAUGGUGUGGAGUAUUACGAUUCGACCUUUAUUAUCAGGGACCUCUCCGAAGCACUGAGAAUCAACCUCGAAGAUCAUCUCACGGAUGAGCAGCGAGCGGUUGCGAGGGCAUUUGAGAAGAUGAUGGAACUCUCCUUUGGCAUCUCUCACCUCCGCGUGAAGAUGGAACACCUCGAUGAGGUUGUCGCAGCAUUUCCGGACCACAUGUUUGGCGCCUUGGGACCGAUUAUCAAAUAUUUCCUCGGCUCAAAAAUGCUCAAUAAAUACACCAGCGUGUUGGCAACCUCUAGCUACGGGAAGCAUACUCGUGAGGAAACGAUUCAAAUCGGAUGCGACGAUUUGAAGGCGAUUUCCGCCUUCCUCGGCAACAAACACUUCCUCACCGGCUUCAAGCCGACCAGGAUCGACGCGUGCCUCUUCGGCUUCCUCGCCCAGAUCGUCUACCCCGCCUACAGUAACCCGCACACCGAUUUCGUCAACGAGAAUUGCGGGAAUUUGGUGGAAUACGUGGCCCGGAUACGGACAAGAUUCUGGCCGGAUUGGGACGAGCUGACGACAACGUUCGCCACCGACACCCAAUGGCGCAAAAAGGGACCGAAUGGGGGCAGCCGAGCUGGCUCGCACCGCGGAUCCGCCACCAGCUCAUUAAUGCAUUCACCCAGGGCCCAG